GCAGUUAUAUAAUGCGUUGAUGAGGCUACAUUUAAAGUAUUCUGUUCAGUUCUGCGCACCAUGUUAUUGGAAAGUUGUUGUCAAACUGGAAAGGGUUCAGAGAUGAUUUACGAGGAUGUUGCUAGGACUCGAGGGUCUGAGCUACAGGGGGAGUUUGAGAGGUGAACAUAAUCAUGAGAAUAGAUUGGGUAGAUGCAGUCUUUUGCCCAGAGUAUGGUUCUCCUUGACUGGGUUCCCCUUUCCACGGUGCUGACAAACCAUGGGAAACUCUGCUCUAAGCAAUGUAAAACAAAGCUCCAGGGUUUCAUAGGUUUAUGAACAUUUCUAUUAUGCAGCUUUGAUUGUUCUCCCCUUAAAGCUGGGAGAAAAUUAAAUUAAGGGGGUUAAAAUCAGGAAGAAUUUUGUCAAACUAUCUAAAAUUUCCUGUAGCAGAGUUCUUGAACUCUUUAACCAAAUAAUUCAGUUUUAAGGUAGCUGGUGAACAGAGGGUACUUGGUGGACAGGAGAGAUGUAAAUGGACUGCAUGACAGGGUGAUGGAAGGGAUACAUUUGUAUGACUGGGGAGAAAGAGCAGUAGUGUGAUUAAUUAAGCAGAAUUCAAAGGGAUGUUGCAGAUAUGCUAUAAUUUCCAGGAUUCUUUGAUCUUUGUGGUUUUUCAUCCAAUUUCUGUUUCGUAGCAGAGAAAAAUCAAAAUACCUGAAAUGCGUUUCCAUUCCACUGAGUGGCAAUAAAAAAAAAAGAAUACUUGUGGAUCUCGAACCUCAAACUCAAAUUAAAAUAUGUGUAAAGAACACAGGCAUAUAGCUACGUAGUAAAAACAUGUCUAGAAGACACUGCAAGCAGUACCAUGGGAGACCUAUGCUUGCAGUCAAACAUUUUACAGAUUUGAUUGGCUUUCUUUUCACUUUAGAAUCAUUUAAACCAUUCAGGCCGAAAAGAAUGAUUCAAUCCCUAGUUUUCUGUCAGCAUAUGUCUGCCAACAAUAUCACUGCAGUGGUGAAAAGACUAUUGUACUAUUUGAGGGACUCUGCUCUCAAGGCUAUUUAGUUACGGUCCUUAUGAUUGACAGUGGAAAAUGACAUUGCCGUCAAACCAGUAUCUAAAAUAAGCCAACUUCAUAUUGCCAAUGGUGUUCUGAGCCUGCAAGUCAAUUUCCUUUUGAUAAAUUGCCAAGAUAGCAAAUUACUUCAUAACUGAAAAGAGAGCACCAUCCAGCAUUUUAAGUUCCAACGAUUGUGUUGUUUGCUCCAUAUCCCAAAACUGGAUUUAGAGAGUACAACAGUGCAAUAAACAUUCAGGGAAUUGGAACUUGAAAAAUGCAGCCUAUGUGAUCCAUGCAUCGAACUUCCGCAUUUGCAAGCGAAACCCAGUUAUUUCUGAUUUAAGUAGUACAGAAAAUAUUCAGCCAGCUAUUCAGAUGUGGUCAAAAACUAUUUUUCAAAGAAUAACUCUUUAGUGGCAGAAAAAAAAAACCCUGAAUUAUUUGCAGCUGUGUUACAUAGGCCAUAAUUAACCUUGAGUUAAUCCUCUAGAAGACAGUAGAUUGAACAUAUGGAAUUAUAUUUGCUGAGAUGAAGUUGUGGGGCAUAAUACAUAUUUUAAAUUUUCUUGUAAGCAUUUUUGUGGUAGUUGGGAAGGUGGAGCAGUAUUGCAUUCCUGAAUGACCAACACUUUAUGAAAAAUUGCAGAUAUUUGUCUAUCUGAGCAGGCUUGUGAGAUUUAUCUACCUUCAUCCAUUUUAAGAUCUUAUCGACAGUCUUCAAGACAUUGUCAUUAACUUUCCUUCAGUCCCAUAGACUUCACGUCAUCUGAAUGAUUCAUCAGGUUCCAGAAGUGCAUGUACCUAGCAUGUAAAUGGCUACUUUUUGUAUUGUGACUGGUGAACCUUCAUUUCUUGUUCCUGGCAGAUGUAAUUCAUGAUGGCUUGAAUUGAUUUAAAAUAGUUAUGUACUAUUUAGGACAGCUUUUAAAUUGGAAAAGGUUUUAAAAUCGAAAUGUUUUCAAAUUACACACAGGCAAAUUUGCAGUCGUUAAAAAAUGCACUGAAAAAGCUACAGGAAAGGACUAUGCUGCCAAAUUUAUGAGAAAAAGGAGGAAGGGUCAAGACUGCCGAAUGGAAAUUAUUCAUGAGAUUGCUGUAUUAGAAUUGGCCAAAUCCAAUCCUUGGGUCAUCAACCUGUAUGAGGUGUAUGAGACAGCGUCAGAAAUGAUUUUGAUUUUGGAAUAUGCUGCUGGUGGUGAGAUUUUUAACCAAUGUAUAGCUGAGCGAGAAGAGGCCUUCAAAGAAAAAGAUGUCCAACGACUCAUGAGACAGAUUUUGGAAGGUGUUGCUUUUCUGCACAGAAAUAACGUAGUGCACCUUGAUUUAAAACCUCAAAAUAUUCUUCUGACGAGUGAAACACCCCUGGGAGAUAUUAAAAUAGUUGAUUUUGGCCUUUCGAGAAGAAUCAGUAAUAAUGAAGAGCUGAGGGAAAUCAUGGGAACACCUGAAUAUGUAGCUCCUGAAAUUUUAAAUUAUGAACCAAUUAGCACUGCAACAGAUAUGUGGAGUAUAGGUGUUCUUGCAUAUGUCAUGCUGACGGGGAUCUCGCCUUUCUUGGGAGAUGACAAGCAAGAAACUUUCCUCAACAUUUCUCAGAUAAAUCUCAGUUUUACAGAUGAAGAUUUUGAGCACGUCUCCAAACAGGCCAUAGACUUCAUUAAGUCGCUUCUUGUAAAGGAACCCGAAGAACGAGCUUUAGCUGAGGAAUGUCUUGAACACCCAUGGAUGGCACACGAAUGCGAUGAAACUGGAUUUGUCACGGGAAGUUCAGUCGGCCCCCCCGAAUCCACAGUUUCAGAAGAAUCAGAAAGGCAAAGUCAAGACACUGAGGAGCUUAUUGUCAUGGCAUCAUACACACUGGGACAGUGUAGACAGUCGGAGAAAGAAAACCUAAAAACGGACCAAAAAGCCAUUUCCAAACGCUUCAAGUUUGAAGAGCCCUUCAAUACCUUACAGGAGAUUUCGGGAGAGUUUAUCUAUUGAGUAAUGAGAUGAAGCACUCUAUAUUUGACUACAUUUUAUUUCUUCCUCUGCGGAUAUUCAAGUAGAAAAAAUUUAAUGUCCAAACACCAAAAACGAAUGUGCCUAUCUUAUGGAUUUAAUAUGCAUGAAAUGCUCAGACUAAAGCCAAACAAAGAGCUGUAAGAGAUAGUAUAUAAUUGAUGAACAUUUCGAGGUGCACAGUUGGUGUUGGUUUCACAAAAGGUGGCUAGCUGUGUAUCGUGGGGAAAUUAUUGGUUCUAUUUGCACAGUGGGUGGUGACUGAUCGUGGGGGCUGGUGAAUAAAAGUUCUGAAUAGAUUCUUUAAGCCAUUGUACAGUUAGCAAUAUAUUUUAAACGUGCAAUACUUGUGAGUAAUGCACUUGAUACUUCGUAGGGAAUCUGAAAAUACCUGUUUUCUGCAAAAAAUUGUUCGCAAAUAAUGCACGUUUGACUUUGUUACCAACUGGAACUAUUCGCAACAUUCCUUAAUUUUUUUAUGUACAUGAUUUAUACAACUAGAGUUGGUGUUCUUGAUGGCUUUUGUCAUAGUUGAUUUAUAUUACUAUUUUUUGAAUAAUAUUGAUUGUGUAUGUAUUUUUGUUCAAAUAGUUUUUAUGAAAUUUUGCUCAAGAUUUCAAUGAUAGGUGCAACUGUUGUGCCUUGCAGAUUAGAAAUUAAUAUAGUAUUCAUUAUGCAGAUGACUGCAAAAUAGUUUAGUUAAAUAUACAGCGAUUUGUUGGUAACCUGGAUAACUUUUUGGAACAAUGAACACAUUUUGUUGGUUUUGAUUAGUUAGAAAGCUUUUACGAAAUCACUUUUCUAAAUACCUUUAUUUCACUUGCUUAAAAUGAAAUGCCCAUACUACUCUCUGCAGGCAAUUGAAUAGAGUACAAUACUUUAUUGCACUGUACUGUGCAAUAGUCAUUACAGGAGGCUUGUCUCGAGAGGUUCACGCCAAUGGAUCAGCACAAAGUUCUGUUCAGCAGCUGGUGUUCAUGCCAAGUUGUAUGUAUUUCCAAUUCCUAAUUGUAUAGCACAAAUGUAUAAUCUUUUGCAACACUCUCCCUGUCUUUAAAACAAAAAAUAACUUGCCGAUUCCUGACCACAGUCACGUUUUAAUUAUGUUUUUAAAAAGUUUUUUUAAGGUGAUCUUAGUCUUGAAUCUUAAGUUUAUCUUAAAUCCAGUUUUUGUUCAUUUCCCCACAUCUCCUAACCCAAUACCCGUUCACAAUAAAGUGCUGCUCAUUCUCAUACAAAUGUUAACCUGAAAAUGAGCAGCUACAUUGAAUAUUUGGUUCUUUUCAGACUCUGAAGUGUUUAAUCUGGAACUUCCAGUCUGCAGGAUUCAUCUGCAAGUGGUGCUCAAUACAUUCGUAUCUGAAAGAACAUUCCUUGUGCUACUGAGAAUAUGUUUGUUUCUGUAUUUAAAAAGUCAGCCAGUUUUCUUGAUGUAAAUUUCCCUCUGAGUUUAAGGUAGCAAUAUUUUCUUGAUUAUCUUGUUUUCUGAACAAUGUUGUGUUGAACUUUGCCUUUAUUUACAGGUCAAUACUGUAAAAUUAAUCAACUGUUAGCCAGUGCUUGUACCUAUGAUAUUGUGAAACCAUAUUCUACGAGGGAAAAUACAGCAGUUUCUGUAUUUUCAUCAAAGAUGUGUAUAAUUCCUUUAAUAAACAUAUCUGGAUGCAUUGAU